UUUGUUGCAAGCAUGACAGCUAUUUUAAGACAAAUGGAAGAUUAUCAUUAUGCUCACUUAAUCAAGACUUUGGGGAAGAUGAGAACUGAUGUUGUUGACUUCCUUAUGGAAACAUUCAUCAUGUUCAAAAAUCUUAUUGGGAAAAAUGUCUAUCCUUCUGACUGGGUUAUAAUGAACAUGAUGCAGAAUAAAGUCUUUUUGCGAGCAAUUAAUCAGUAUGCAGAUAUGCUGAACAAAAAAUUUCUUGAUCAAACCAGCUUUGAGCUACAGCUUUGGAACAACUAUUUUCAUCUUGCUGUUGCUUUUCUUACCCAAGAGUCAUUACAACUGGAGAAUUUUUCAAGUGCUAAAAGAUGCAAAAUACUUAACAAGUAUGGUGAUAUGAGAAGACAAAUUGGUUUUGAGAUUCGUGAUAUGUGGUAUAAUCUGGUUUGAAAAUGAGAUAAUUACAAAACUGGAUCAUGAAGUAGAAGGUGGAAGAGGAGACGAACAAUAUAAAGUGUUAUUUGACAAAAUUCUUUUAGAACACUGCAGAAAACAUAAGUACCUUGCCAAAAGUGGUGAAACUUUUGUUAAACUUGUGGUAUGGCUGAUGGAGAGACUUCUAGAUUACAGAACUAUUAUGCAUGAUGAAAACAAGGAAAACCGGAUGAGCUGUACAGUCAAUGUCCUGAAUUUCUACAAAGAGAUCGAAAGAGAAGAAAUGUACAUAAGGUAUUUGUACAAACUUUGUGACCUGCACAAAGAAUGUGAUAACUACACUGAAGCUGCCUACACAUUACUUCUUCAUGCAAAGCUUCUUAAGUGGUCUGAAGAACCAUGUGCAGCGCAUCUUACCCAACGAGAUGGCUACCAGGCAGCAACGCAAGGACAACUCAAAGAUCAGCUCUAUCAAGAAAUUAUCCAUUAUUUUGACAAGGGCAAGAUGUGGGAAGAAGCCAUUGUCUUGGGCAAAGAGCUUGCAGAACAAUAUGAAAAUGAAAUGUUUGAUUACGAACAACUUAGUGAAGUACUGAAAAAACAAGCACAGUUCUAUGAAAAUAUUGUGAAAGUAAUAAGACCUAAACCAGAUUACUUCGCAGUUGGAUAUUAUGGACAAGGGUUUCCGACAUUUUUACGGAACAAAGUUUUUAUUUAUCGAGGAAAAGAAUAUGAACGCCGUGAAGAUUUUGAAGCAAGAUUAUUAACACAGUUUCCUAAUGCAGAAAAAAUGAAGACUACAUCACCACCUGGUGAAGAUAUUAAAAAUUCUCCUAGCCAAUAUAUCCAGUGCUUUACAGUAAAGCCAAAACUGGACUUACCAUCAAAAUUUCACAAGCCUGUAUCAGAGCAAAUUUUAAGUUUCUAUAGGGUAAAUGAGGUUCAGCGGUUUGAAUAUUCAAGACCCAUUCGAAAAGGAGAGAAAAAUCCAGACAAUGAAUUUGCGAAUAUGUGGAUUGAGAGAACUAUUUAUGUGACAGCGUAUAAACUACCUGGUAUUUUAAGAUGGUUUGAAGUCAAAUCAGUAUUUAUGAUUGAAAUCAGUCCACUUGAAAAUGCAAUUGAAACUAUGCAGUUAGCAAACGAUAAAAUUAACAAUAUGGUUCAGCAACAUUUGAAUGAUUCAAAUUUACCUAUUAACCCUCUGUCGAUGCUGCUAAAUGGCAUUGUGGACCCUGCUGUCAUGGGAGGCUUCACCAAUUACGAAAAGGCUUUCUUUAAUGAGAAAUACAUAUAUGAACACCCAGAAGACCAUGAAAAAAUUGAAAAGCUAAAGGAUCUAAUUGCAUGGCAGAUCCCUUUCCUGACAGAAGGUAUCCGAAUUCAUGGGAAUAAAGUCACAGAAGCACUAAGGCCAUUUCAUGAGAGGAUGGAAGCCUGUUUUAAACAACUGAAAGAAAAAGUUGAAAAACAAUAUGGAAUCAGAAGUCUUCCCUCAUCAGUAGAUGACAGACAAGGCAGUCGGCCAAGGUCUAUGGUUCGAUCAUUCACAAUGCCAUCCUCCUCAAGGCCACUAUCUGUUGCUUCAAUUUCUUCAAUCUCUUCUGACAGUGCUCCUUCUAGACCUGGCUCAGAUGGGUUUGUGCUUGAGCCCCUUCUGCCAAAAAAGAUGCAUUCUCGAUCACAAGAUAAGUUGGAUAAAGAUGACUCAGAUAAAGAUAAGAAAGAAAAGAAGAAAGAAAAGAGAAACAGCAAGCACCAAGAAAUAUUUGAGAAAGAAUUGAAAUCAACUGAUAUUUCUCUGCAGCAGUCUGAAGCAGUGAUACUUUCAGAAACUAUCAGCCCAUUGAGACCACAAAGACCAAAGAGCCAAGUUAUUAAUGUUAUGGGAAGUGAAAAACGGUUAUCUGUUUCCCCGUUGCCUCCACCAAUCACUCCAAGUAUUCCUCCACCAAUCACUCCAAGAACCAAGCUUUCUUUCAGCUUACAGCCCAAUUCUGAACUAAAUGGCAUGAAUAAUUUGGAAAUGAUGGACAUUCCUCCACCAUUACCUCUGAAAGGCAGCAUGGCAGACUACGGAAAUGUCAUGGAGAGCCAUGAAUCUAUUAGCCCUGCCACUUCCCCCCCUGUACCUCAAAGGCAACUGCCACCUCCUUUGCCAAGCAAAACACCACCACCGCCACCUCCAAAGACCACUCGGAAACAAGCCUCUGUCGAUUCUGGGAUCGUCCAAUGAAAAAGAAGAGAUACCUUGAAAGAUCAAGUUGUAAAAUUUCUGUGUCUUAAAUAUGUUUAAAAUGUUUGCAAUAUUAUAUAUACAUCAACCCAAAUCAACAAUAUGAAACCUUAGUUGCAAUGAUUCUCACAUUCCAACAGUUACUGAUAUCUCCAAGUAUGGUUACAAAAUUAUUCAGCUGAAUGCAUUCCAAAGCAACCAGGAGCUGUUUUUGAACUGUGGUUCUGAAAGGGUUCUAAGAACAAUCAAAAUAUCAUUAAGAGGUUGCAUUUGUGUCUUUAUCUUUGCAUUUGCAUAUGUAAGCCUUAUGAAAAUAAUUGCCCUAAUGCCUGCAAUGUAGUUUAGUAUUAUAGCUGUAUAAUCUUUUACAUUAAAGUGUUAGGAAAACCACUUAUCAUGCUCUAGGCUUACAUUAGAGUUGGUCUCUCAUGCAUUGAUUGGUCCUUAUUCAAUAAAUUAUCAGCUAGUUUUUGCUUAUAUGUUAGUGCAGAAUAUAUUUUAGGUUCCUGGGUCAGCAUUAACUUAUAGGGAAUAAUAUCUUAUCUACAAAUGUAAAAGUCUAAAAAUAUAUAGGGAUAAAAAUGAUGCUUUUGGAACAUACAAAACCAAUCUUACCUUUUGUAUUUGAUUCACAAUUGUGUCACUAUGUACAGACAUUAUGUAUAUAUUAUGGUCUUACAGUGUCUUUAGAUUCACUCAUUCCUUACUUUUCAGUAAUAAGCGUAUAGUUUAUCUUCAAAUGUGUUGUGGUGUUUUAAUUAUUGAUAACUGUUAAAAUAUGUAACAAGUCUAACAGAGUAAUUAAGCUCUGAAAUAUUAUGAAGAAUCAGAAAAGAAUCUUUUUAAAAAUGCCUCUAUAACUUUUUAAAAUCAUCUGCAGAUUUUAUAAUCUUAACAAUUUUUUUAAUAUUUCUCUGUCAAAUAAAGAAAUCCUUUUAAAGUAUUUCCCUUUUCUAAGAAAAUAA